GUCUGUUGAAGAGCGCCUACAAAGAUCCAGCGCUUCCACCGGCGGUUUCGCAAGCUCGGUUUCGCAAGCUCCUGCAAGUGCCGGUACGGUACAGGGCACCCCAGGCAUCGGACGUGUCGGCGAUGCUCGCGGAGGGAGAGUCCAGAAAUCCCAAGUACGGUCAGUUCCAGCUCUGGGAGCGUUUGAAUGUGGAUCAAGUGCCUUUGCCAUUCGUGAACGGGCUGAUCAACACGUGGGAGAAGACAGGCGCGUUGCGUGUAGCCAUCUCGCAGCACUUUGCUGGCCUAGAGAAAAGGAAGUGCACCAUGCAAGUCAUCUUUGGUCCGGGUGAGAAGACUAUGCGGAUUUCGGUGAUUUUCCGAGGCCAGGGGAAGCGGAUUUCGCGGGUGGAGAAAGCCGCGUAUCACAAGGACGUGGGCGUGUUUUUCCAGGAGAAUGCGUGGGCGGACCAAACGUUCUGCAUGGAGUAGGCCAAGAGGUCGUACCGCGAAGGCCUGAUCCGCGGGCGG